CGCACCGAGGCGUCUUCAUUCAUGAGCAAACUGGGGAGUGGAUCCAUCGCCGCUGCUUGAUUUCACUGACACAGUCAUUAUUACAUUGGACAAUGCUGCGAGUCAGGUGUCUGAGAGGAGGUAGCAGGGGGGCCGAGGCAGCCCAUCUGAUCGGAGCCAUGCUCGGCCGGGCGGUGACUGGAUGGGCGCAGAGCGUCUUCCAGAGCACCUCCAGUGCAGCGGCUGCUCAGCAACACCACGCAGUUGAAGAGGAACAUGUAACCGAGACUGUGCAGCAGGAGAUUCCCGUGUGCAGCUACAAUGAAUGGGACCCUCUGGAGGAGGUGAUCGUGGGUCGUGCUGAAAACGCCCACGUGCCUCCGUUCACUGCAGAAGUAAAAGCUAACACAUACGAGAAGCAUUGGCCCUUCUAUGAGAAGCACGGCGGCCAGUCUUUUCCUGCGGACCACUUGAAAAAAGCUGUUGCUGAGAUUGAAGAAAUGUGCAAUAUUCUGCAGCACGAGGGCGUUACUGUGAGGAGGCCAGAACCUAUCGACUGGUCCUUUGAGUAUAAAACUCCAGAUUUCGUUUCAACAGGUAUGUAUGCUGCCAUGCCCAGAGACAUCCUUUUGGUGGUGGGGAACGAGAUCAUUGAGGCUCCUAUGGCCUGGAGGGCUCGCUUCUUUGAGUACCGGGCCUACAGACCUUUGCUCAAAGAGUACUUCAGAAAAGGCGCCAAGUGGACCACUGCCCCUAAACCCACCAUGGCUAAUGAGCUAUAUGACCAGGACUACCCCAUUCGCUCUGUGGAGGACAGACACAAACUGGCUGCUCAGGGAAGGUUUGUGACCACCGAGCAUGAGCCCUGCUUCGACGCAGCCGAUUUCAUUCGGGCUGGGAGAGACCUCUUUGUCCAGAGGAGUCAGGUUACAAACUACAUGGGUAUUGAGUGGAUGCGUCGUCAUCUCAGUCCAGAGUAUAAAGUCCACACAGUGUCAUUCAAGGACCCUAACCCCAUGCACAUCGAUGCCACUUUUAACAUCAUUGGACCAGGACUGGUGCUGUCAAACCCUGAUCGCCCAUGUCAUCAGAUUGAGAUGUUCCAAAAGGCUGGAUGGACUGUUGUGAAACCUCCAACACCGCUGAUUCCUGAUGACCACCCACUGUGGAUGUCCUCCAAAUGGCUGUCCAUGAAUGUCCUGAUGCUGGAUGAGAAGCGUGUUAUGGUUGAUGCCAAUGAAACCACCAUUCAAAAAAUGUUUGAGAACCUUGGUAUUAAGACCAUAAAGGUGAGCAUUCGUCAUGCCAAUUCCCUGGGUGGCGGCUUCCACUGCUGGACAACUGAUGUCCGCCGCCGCGGUACCCUGCAGUCCUACUUCCACUAGCCUGGCCAGAAUUAGAAAGUUUUUAUUGACUUUUCAAAAUCAAAGCCACCGUCUGGAAUUGUACUGUAUAGCCACUAUAGCUGUAAGAUUUUAAAACCGUUAAUCACUGCAUUUCUUUAAGCAGACCUGCACCAUAGGUUAAUUGAAAGGCCAACCUUUGUGUUGGACCACUUUUUUUUUUGUUCUUUGUAAUUUAAGGCUUUUCAUUUGGCAAGUUUGGGACUUGACCUGACAAAUCUGUCCUAUGACACAUGAUGCCCAGCUCUGUUUUUAAGAUUGGCUGUGUUUGUCCUAAAUGAAUGUAUGAACUGUAUUGAUUUGACUUUGCUAUGCAUCACAGUCCCUUUGCAAACAGCUAUAUCUGUGCUUACCACAAACACCACUGUCAAUAUGAACUGAAUUUCUGGCCUGGUUAUUGUGAAACUGAACUUUUUAUGGCUUGUACAUCUAGAAAGUCUUAAUGUUGAGGACAAGGUACAAUGUGGUAUGUGAAUGUCAUGUUAAACUAGGGCACAGGAGGUGAGAAAUGGCCUUUUCUAUGGUAACUCUGACACUAGAAAGUUCCAAAGUUCUUUUAAAAAAAAAAAAAAAUGUUUUUUUAAAACAAGUGUAUAAAAGUGGUUAUGAAGGUCAUUAAACAAUAUUCAUUUUUCACUGUUUUUAUAAGGAUUGUAAUUGAUUUAACAGUUAUUUAUAUUUUAUUAUACUCUUAUUGGAUUUCCCACCAAUUCAUGUUUUUCUACAUUUACUUGGAAUGUAUGUGCUCCAUAUCUGAUAUUGUACACCUUCUGCCUCUGUGUUCUUGCAAAUCUGGGCCAGUUUGUUCUCACUGUACUGUGUGGCUGCUUUUGUUUGCAAAGCAAUUCUGUGUACAGAGUGAAACUUGUUUUUGGUGUGAAGAUUUAAGCUGAUGAUUCCUUUGCAGCAUGUACUAGUCAAGGAAUUCUAUAGAAUGUAUGGCUCAAACCAAGAAUGUAAGUGAUGUUUUGUAUUGUACUUCAUUUAUGAAUGUUCUUAAAAACUAAGACACCUGU